AUGAGGGAGAGGCUGGCCAAAUGCUGGCCUAUCGUACGCAUUCUGAGUAUGCAACCUACGAGUGGUUUUUUCGGGCGGAUGAAGGCCAGAAUGGACCGGGUUAGCUUGCGCGGCAGCAAAGGCAAUCGGGGCUCAGUGAGCAGCCUACCAACCGGGGCGUCAGUCGCGGUGAAUGUCUACGAUAUGCUAUGGCUGAAUGUUUAUAUAAACAACCUGGGGAUCGGAGUUUAUCACACCGGAGUGGUUGUCUACGGUAUCGAAUACUGCUACGGUGGACAUCCUCUCAGUUACUCCGGGAUUUUCGCAAUGGCGCCACAAGAUGUUGAAACACUUGGACCAAAUUACUCAUACAAAUCUACCAUCGAGGUCGGACACACUGAUUUCACCGAAACUGAUAUUGCGCUCAUACUUGAAGACAUGGGGCCACAGUAUCGUGGGGAUCAGUACCACUUACUUCGUCGCAACUGCAACCAUUUCUCGGACUCUUUUAUUCAGAUUCUUUGUGGUGCGUCCCUUCCUAAGUGGAUCAAUCGACUGGCUUCCGUGGGUGCCAAGCUCCCGUUCAUCGAGCGUACUAUCCCCCGUGUUUGGUUGACACCCCGCUCCUUAGAGGAACUGAAUAUCUCAGACGCAGAUUUUCAAAGUGGAUCCUCUCACGGGAAUGGUAAGAGUGUUUUGCGGAAGCGGCGAAUCACAUCUGCAGGCGUUACGCGCCGACACCGACCACAGGACCAAAGUGCUUCAUCUGUCUUCCAGCUUACAACCUCUGCUGACACACAUUCAGUUGCUGGAAGUUCUGUACGCACGGAUUCGGCCACUAAUGAAGUCACAGCCCUCGCAGAACACUGCAUUUCUAGACCUGUCUCGGUCAGUGCUACCGGGAAGGUUAGUCGUUAUCACAUUCGAUCUAGUUCGGCUGUCAGUCACCUGAACGCCCCCACACGCUGCUCUAAAAGUACGCGGAAUUCCAGUGAAAUCAAUUCAGCGACACCGAAGGAAACCUUAUCAAGUAGACUCCGGCUUCCCAUGACCACUCUACUGGCACCUAGGCGUCCUUCAUCUGUGUACAUACUCCCCAGCCCACAAAACUCCCCCCAAUCUUCCGCGUGCUCCUUAAUUUCCCCGAACGGGACACUACACCUUGUGGAUCAGUUAGAAAUCACACCCAGCGGACAUGUGGGCACCGUGGGUUCUGCUGUCAAACUUUGCUCAGGUUCCUUUCGACUAUCCCAACCGUUCACGGCAGGCGAGGCGGUAGGUUCCAUGCAAUCUGAAUCACGUAACUCGAGCCCGGUUGAUUCCACCACGAAAACCAAAUCCCAUCACUCGUUUAUGCAUUCCGUCAAGUCUUCGUCCUCUUCGCCCUCUUUCAACUGCGCUGCUUCAUUUCGAAACGGCUUUUUGAAUCGGCUGCAGAACUUGUGUGGAACAUCGCGUACAGAGGAUUCGAUCGAGCAGAACACGCUGUAUGAACCGGAGAGAGGGGCUCCGUGGUCAGCUAUCUACCCCGAUGCGUAGUCUUGCUAGCCAACCAUUCAUCAAUCCACUCGGUACUUUUCCACCCGAAGGUCUCCUCGUUCCAUGUCACUGUGCUAUUACACGUCCGGAACCUUUCACGGCUAGCAUCACGUUUUCGUCUUGUCUUCAUUUACUUGACCAGCGAUCAUUUUCGUUUUUUGUCCUUUUCAAUCCACUUUAUUUUUUCAAUUUGGUACAACACAAACAUGACUUGGGCUGCGCCAAGUUCGCGCCAGUGCGUGUUUAUGCUCCAAGUGCUUCCACUUUGAAAUAGUCCUGAAUGCGUUCACCUCUGUGUUUAUAUGAAGCCUGGUAACUUCUCUGUGUUUCCUUCUUACCGCGGAUUUUAUUCACUUUUCCGUUUGUCACUCAGGCGUUCGUUUGAGUAGUUCGUUUUCGAACAGAAUUCUUUUCCCCACGGUCGUUCUAUGGAUGUUUUGAGCAAACAAAUGAUUCACGCGUCUUAC